CCCAUUGUGGCCCUCGAGUCAAAAAGUUUGCCCACCCCUGCUCUAACCACUGAGCAAACCGGCUAGGCUAUUGUAGAACAUUUUCUAACACAGGGAGACUUUGGGGAUACCUAGUCUUUAAUUGGCUUAAUUUUAGGGUACCAACAUGUCUAAGCCAUCCAAAGAAUGGUGUGGGCCUGGAGCCAACGUGCCCAUGAAAAUCAUACAUAAAAUAAGGCUGCUCUGUUGGCUUCUCCCAUACACAUUUUUUGGCAAUGUUAUAAAAAAAAUUUGAGAGGAUGAAUUUUGAUGAUGUUAAAAAAUUAGAGUAUUGUCCCUUGCCCCAUGGUCACCAGCCCACUUAGGUCUAUCCUGGAGCACAGGGAAGCCAGUCCCUUGCCUAUCUAACAGACUGGCCUGAGAGAUGUGCAUAUUACUAUAAAAGCAUCAUUGAGGGAUCAAGAACAACUUCAGUUUGAUGACCAUGUGUUACAGAGCAAGAGUUUUAGAUGAGGGGAAAGGGGCAAUGGGGCACACUGCCCACCAAUGAUCUUCAAGCCCCCUGGUCUGGAACAUUAGGAGUUGGCCGAGCAACGGACACAGUAGUUGGGGGUGUUCCGUAUGGCACAGUUGAAGAAGGCACGGAGGUUUUGUUUCCUCUCUCAAGGUACAAUCUUGCACUUUACAGUUUGCAGUCUUUCUUAUUACAUCACAACAUCAAAAGGACUAUAGCCAAGGAUCACUGAAGCUAAUGAUACGGAACUAAACCACAGAAAGGACACUAUCUGAAGGAUAACACAGAGGUCAGAGAGACUAGAAAGGACACAGCCAUAAGUAGGCAGUACUCACCCUUUACACAGCCAGCAAACACCUGAAGCUAAUCCCAGACCCUAAGGGUCUGCAUGUCAAGGAGUGCUGCUGCUCAUGGACCCAGGCACUACAUCAGCCACUGAUUCACUGGGGCCAUGUCAGUGGCUGCCUAUGUGAGGGAGUCUGCCUCCUCCUUGCCUUCUCUACAGAAGAACCAAGAGGUUAUGAUGUAUGAGACAAGCAGAGUGCUUCAGACCUGGACUGCCCAGAUGAAGGGCUUGGUGCUGGUACUGGUGCCAGGAUCUUCACGUGUCAGGUUGGGGAUUGUGCUGGUGUUGGUACUGAGUUUGCUGCCAAGCCUGUACUGUGACCUGGGAUCAGUAUAUUACUCAUCCUAUGAAAUAGUCAUUCCCAAGGCUCUGACAGUUCAUGGAAGACAAGACCCAGUGGAAGAGGCUUCUUAUAUGUUAUGUAUUCAGGGCCAGAAAGAGGUGAUUCACCUGAAAGUGAAGACAGACUAUUAUAUCAAGAACUUUCCAGUCUUCAGCUACCACAAUGGCAUCCUGGGACAAGAAAUGCCUUUCAUCUCACAUGACUGUCACUAUGAAGGCUACAUAGAAGCACUCCCGGGUUCUUUCGUUUCUGUCAACACCUGUUCGGGCCUCAGGGGCAUCCUGAUUAAAGAGGGAAAAUCCUAUGGCAUAGAGCCCAUGGACUCUUCAAAACGGUUUGAACAUGUGUUGUACACCAUGGCCCAUCAAGCACCAGUCUCCUGCAGUGUCACUUCCAAAGACAGCCCAGUGGUGUCCACCAGCCAACAACAAGGGAGCAGGAAGCCUGGCGGUCUACAGGAGCUGUCCUACUUGUGGUCACUCACCAAGUAUGUGGAGAUGUUUGUUGUGGUCAACAACCAGCGGUUCCAAAUGUGGGGCAGUAACGUCAAUGAGACGGUCCAGAGGGUGAUAGACAUCAUUGCCCUGGCCAACAGCUUCACUAGGGAAAUAAACACAGAGGUGGUGCUGGCUGGAAUGGAGAUUUGGACCGAGGGGGACCUCAUAGAGGUCCCAGUGGACCUGCAAGUUACACUCGGGAAUUUCAACAGCUGGAGACAAGAGAAGCUCCUCCAUCGUGUGAAGCAUGAUGUUGCCCACAUGAUUGUCGGACAGCAUCCUGCACAGGGUAUGGGACAGGCAUUUCUCAAUGGUGCCUGCUCAAGUGGUUUUGCAGCAGCUGUUGAAUCCUUCCAUCAUGAAGAUGUCCUGCUGUUUGCAGCGCUCAUGGUCCAUGAGCUUGGGCACAACUUGGGUAUUCGGCACGACCACUCAGCCUGCAUUUGUAAAGACAAACCCCUCUGCCUCAUGCGUGACAAUAUCACUAAAGAAAGUGGCUUCAGCAACUGUAGCUCUGACGACUUCUACCAGUUCCUCCAGGAACACAGAGGGGCCUGCCUAUUUAACAACCCUCAGCGGCACAAAGGCCGCUUGCGUAGGGAUUCCUACUGUGGAAACGGUGUGGUGGAGGGUGAGGAGCAGUGUGACUGUGGUUCUGCCUGUUACACUGACCCGUGCUGUGACCAAACAUGUAGCCUGAAGGGGAGUGCAGAAUGUAGUGAUGGACUCUGCUGUUUUGGUUGCCGACUGAAGAAUAAGGGAUUCAUGUGCCGUUCUGCUUUGGGAGAGUGUGACCUCCCAGAGUAUUGUGAUGGUACCUCUGCAGAGUGCCCCACAGACACCUAUAAGCAAGAUGGGACGUCAUGCGGUAGACUGCACUACUGUGUUGGGGGUCAAUGCAGGAACCCUGAUAACCAAUGCAUGGCUAUGUAUGGGGACACUGCACGGUCAGCCCCAGAAAACUGUUACAUUUCAAUGAACAGCAAAGGGGACCGGUUUGGAAACUGUGGCCAUCCCACCUCAGCAAUGUCAAGAUAUGUUAAGUGCUUUGAUGAUAAUGUAUUUUGUGGGAAAAUUAUAUGUACAAAUAUUAGACGGGUCCCAUCCAUCAUCCCAUCCAUCAAACCCCAUCACACACUGAUCCAGAUUCCUUAUGAAGGUGACUUCUGCUGGAGCUUGGAUGUCUAUAACAUUACUGAUAUCCCUGAUGAGGGAGAUGUGCACUCUGGCACUGCUUGUGCCCCAAACAAAGUCUGCAUGAAUUACUCCUGCACUGAUCAUGCUGUGCUCAACUAUGACUGCAGACCAGCAGAAAUGUGCAAUGGGAGAGGAGUCUGUAACAAUGUAAGGCACUGCCACUGUGAGGCUGGCUAUGCACCCCCCGACUGCAGGACUCCAGGAAAUGGGGGGAGUGUGGACAGUGGUUCUCCUGGCAAAAUUGAGGAUGAAAAUCUAAGUGAGGAAGAAAGGAAAAGUCAUAGUGUUGAUCAUGGUAAUUUUGGCAGAGGAGAGAAUGGAGAUGAAAGGAAAGCCAAGGAAGAGGUUGUGUUGAUAAUCCCCUUUUUAUUUUUCGCAGUACUUUUUUUAUUUACAAUUUGCUGUUGCUGUUGUUGUCUUUUUGCAAUGAUGUUUGGUGUACUUUUUGGUGCUGGUAUGGGGACUGGAAAGAAUUUAUUUCCAUGUUCACAUGAAGCUCCAGAAGAAAGUGGAGAAGCAGUUACACAAGGAGAGAAGAAGGAAUUAAAAGAGGAAAAACCAAAAGCAGAAAAUAAGUAGUGCUGGAAGAAGUCUUUUAUAGCAAACUCUUCAUACACUUGGUGGAAGGAGGCUCAGUAGAGCAAAUGUGAAGUGGGCAUUGACAGCAGCUGUGGCUCUGAUCAGGACUCUAAAGACUGUAGAAAUGUACUGAUGUGGGAGGAGAGAUGAUUUUCUUCUUCUUUUACUAAUUAAUUACAUAUGCAUAUGUGAAAUCAUUUCAAGACUUUUACUACU